AUGUUCUCCAUCCUCCGGCUCACCCUCCUCGCCACCCUCGCCACCAGCGCGCUCGCGACGCCCAUCGCACCCUCCACCAGCCUCCCACUCCCGCUCUCCCGCACCGUCCUCUCCGCCGCGCCCCACGCCCCACUCCUCAACGCCUCCUCGCGCGUCCCCGCCGCGCUCGCCGUGCGCCAAGAGUUCCCCGCGCAGCUCUUCCUCUGCUCGAUCGCGAACUGCGCGACGUGCUUCGUCCCGAUCGACCUCUCCGAGUUCGCGGCGGACGUCUGCCACGCCGCGCCGUCCUUCGUCUCCGCCGGCGUCGUCCAGCCGAGCGGGGCGGGGCUGCCGUUCGCGGUGCUCGUCGGCCCGCCCGGGUGCGCGGAGUUCGCGCAGAUCCCGGAGGUGAACGAGUGCUUCAACUUGGCGGAGGCGUUCGACCAGUGGGCGCUGCUCGACUGA